CCGCAACACACCGGCACCAUCGCAGCGGAUGAUUUGACUGACCUUCGGGAGUCUAUAUUUGUAUUUAUUACUUUGUCAGGCGACCAGGAGGACCACCACUCUCACUCUGCACAGCAUGGGGAACCUGGCGCUCUUCACCAGUCUCUUCCGGAGUGACGUAACCACGUCUGAACCGGCGGACGGAGCGAGCUUCAUCUCCAGGAGGAUCAGCAAUGGCAUAACUUAUUACUGCGCUCCGUCCUCGGGGACGGGGGAACGGACAUCACGCGCCGCCAAAGACUCUCAAACCUCCACUGCACUUUGCCCCACCUCCCCCCCCUCCGCACAGCCUUCCUCCUCUCCCCUGCUCUCAGAUGCACCAUCACACCCCCCAGCCUCCUCCCAAAGCCAAUCAGACUCUUCAUGCACUUCGCGCCCUCUUCUUAUUUUCUUCUCCUGGCUCGGUGCCCGGCCAGUGGCGGUGGGCAAGUACAGGGACCUCUACCUGGACCGCGGCAUGGACGUCCUCCUGGUCCAGAGCAAGGUGACGCACUUCCUGUGGCCCCGAUGGGGGUUAGACUACGGGCUGGAGGUGUUGGAGGUCCUGGAGCAGCCUCAGUUCUCAGGGAGGCCGUUGCUGGUCCACGCCUCCUCCAUCGGGGGCUUCACUUUCACCCAGACACUCGCCCACAUUGCUCGAGGAGGGAAACGACAUGCAGAAGUGGCCCAGAGGGUGACGGGGCACAUCUACGACAGCUUGGUGGUCGGCACUCGGGAGCACAUGGCGAUAGGCCUUGGCAAGACUCUGUUUCCACGGUUGGAGAGCUUGGUGAAACACGCCGCGAUGUUUUACUUCUGGCUCUUCAAAACACACACGGCCGACCUCUACGACGACAGCAUCCAGCUUUUCCACAACAGCCCCAUUACGGCGCCGGCCCUCUUCUUCUUCAGUGAAAACGACGCCCUGUGCAACACGGCCGACUUGGAGACCUUGAUUGACCACUGGAGGGAGAGGGGCGUGGCCGUGGAGAGCAGGAAGUGGAAGGAGUCGAAACACGCCGCCCACAUGCGAUGCCACCCGGACGACUACAUCUCCACGCUGGACAAAUUCUUGAACUCCCUUGCCCUUCUCUCCCUCAAAUGUUAAUGUUUAGUUUGACCGAUUUUAACACAACUAGACACUUUAUGAUUUCACUGGAAUCUUUUUAUCCUGCAGCUGUAGCAUGAUCAGUGGUGUAGUUUUAAAGAAUAUAUUUUCUCUCUCCAUUGAAGCAUCCUCAAUCGUUUGACUUUGUUGUUCCAAUUACAUAUUAAAUGAUAUGCACUAUUGAAUUGAUUAUUGUAGAGUCUUGUUUGGCUUUCAUCCCACAGGAAGUGUUCUUUAGGGAAUUGGUGUUGCACUUUAAUACCAGAUCUGGUUGUUGAACACUAUUAUAAAAUAAAAACUUUUAGAACUCUAA